CAAUUCUUCCUCCUAAGAGAAAGGAACGACCCUCAGCUUUCAGACCGUGUUGGGUACAUAAAAGAGGAACCUGUCGAGAACUAUCAUCACAAUCCUCUCUCAGUCUUCCCCAGAAGAACAACAGGAUAUUCCAAAACUUGCAAAAAUGAAAUUUAUCAUCGCUCUCACUUUCUUGGCUGUUGCCAUUGCUGCACCACAAGGAGACAAGAAGCCCAUCGAAAUUAUUUCAUCCAACAGCGAAAUGAACGCCGAUGGUAGCUACGCUUUCAAUUUUGAGAGUGCCGAUGGCACAAAAGUGUCAGAGAGCGGCAACCAGAAACAAGUCGGACCUAAACCUGAAGACAUUGGAACCGUCUCCAAAGGAUCUUACUCUUUUACUACUCCCGAUGGUGUUGUUCUCACUGUCAACUGGGUCGCUGAUGAGAACGGAUUCCAGGCCACCGGUGAUCAUUUGCCUACUCCUCCCCCCAUGCCCGAGCAUGUCGUGAAGAUGUUGGCCGAUUUAAAGGCUGCCGGUCUUCUGUAAACUGGACACAUCAUUCUUGCUCAAAUGUAAUUAGAUGAAAUGAAUUCGUUCGCUUUGUAUAAUUUCAGUGACACAGUACUCCUCCCCCCUUUUUUUGUGAUGACGAAAUACAAACAAAUUUACUUCUGUAAAAAAUA